AUGCUCCUCGGCGCAACCAAUUAUGUGGACGCAAGUGUUCUGCAACGAGCUGGAUUCGCGUCCCGGAAAGCCAUGAAGAAGGCUAUGUAUAAAAGAGCCAAGGCAUUCUACGACGUUGAUCGGAGUGCAGAUAAACUUCUGCUCAUCCAAUCGGUUCUUUUAAUGAGCUUUUGGUACACAGAUGCGCAAGAUCAUACAGGAGCAUCGCAUUGGAUUGGGAUUGCCACUUCUCUAGCCCAGGGAAUUGGUCUCCACCGUUCUCCCUCUUCACAAGACAGAAACAAUACUCAACUAUCGUCAGAAGAAAGACAAAGCCUUGGUCGACGGCUUUGGUGGACGUGUCUUGUCCGGGAUCGAUGGGUGUCUCUAGCCAAGGGUCGACCAAUGAGAAUCCAUGAUGAAGAUUGCGAUGCUACUUUCCCUUGCGCAGAUGACGUUUUGCACGAACUGCAACUUCUUCCUGUGGAAGCUCGACAGAAGUUCAUUCCCCAGGACAUAGAGUACCUUUCUGGAAUGUGGGUACAGCUUGUGAAAACCAGUGCAGUACUUGGGCGGAUCCUAAGAUCGCAUUAUCGACUCAAGAGACCUAAACCAAGUUGUGAAGAGAUCGAUGCGUUGACUGCGGAGCUUCAUAAAUGUCAACCGACAUCAGCAAAUGCGAUGUUCGCCGCAAGUGACAUCGCUCUAAUUCACGAAUACCACCUGCAGAUAUUCUAUCAAGCAUGUGGUACGGUUCUUCAUCGACCUUACGUCUUGAAUGCACCUGCCUCCUUUCCUGAGAACUCAACAGUCUCAUGGCAGAUACUUGCACAAAAUCGUGCACGUGAAGCUGCUUCGACCACCAAUCAAACACUUGAGAAGAUCAUUGAGCUGGAUGUUGUCAAAUCAAUAAAGCCUAUGUUCAUUACAUCUUUGAUUCCUGCCAUGCAAAUUCACCUCUUUGAUUGCAAAUCUGGGAACUCGCUCCACGCAAACCUUGGGAAAAACAGGCUCAAUCUUUGUCUGUUGUUCCUCGACAACCUACGCGACACCUAUUGGAGCGCAGGUGUAAUGUACCGACUUUUCGACCGCGCGCAGUCUAUUUUAACUUCUCGCAAAAGUAACGACACCGAAAAUACCGCUCUGCAAACCCAUGAUGGACUGUCCCGCCUUCAAUACUCUGAAACCCACCAACAAUACAAUGAUAGUCUACCAAAUGCGAUAAUAUCAUCAAACGUCGCAGAUUUUGCCCCAGGUAAUACUGAGCCCGACGUGCUUGCUACAGAUAGUUUUGCGGGCGAAGUUGGAACUAGCGGCUACUCGCUGGACUUUGAUGCUCUUGAGCAAUUACUCAGUCCUGGGUUUGCAUUAUCAGACAGCUAUUCCCAAGGGUUGUAUAACCAGUACAAUGGGAGUGUUAUCAGAGAUCAACUGUCGGCAAAUCUAUACAACCUUUGA